AUGUUCGAGCACAAGGUCCAUCAGUGCAGGUGGCACCAGGACACCCUCGGCCGGAGGUCGAUGAUCGACUUUGUGGUCGUGUCAAGUGACCUCCGGCUGCGUGUCUUGGACACUCGGGUCCUCCUCCUCGUCUUCGUCCUCGUCGUCGUGUUGAGGAUGUCUCGCUCUCGUCUCCUCGUCCUCCUCCUCUUCGUCGGCGCUCUCCUCUCCGUGGAUCCGGUCCGGUCGUGUCCUCGCUCGUGUAACUGUUACCAGGCGACGGAGGUUCACUGCACCUUCAGGUCCCUGCAGAGCCUCCCCCCCGGAAUGUCCCCGGACACCAGACGAGUCAACCUGGGGUUCAACAGCAUCCAGCUCCUCCAGAACGAGUCUCUGUCGGGUCUGAAGAACCUGGAGCUGCUCAUGCUCCACAGCAACCACCUGCAGAAGAUCCCCGGAGUGUUCAGAGACAUGAGGAACCUGCAGAUCCUGAAGUUGAGCUACAACAGGCUGGAGGAGCUGGGUUCCGCUCAGACCUUCUCGGGUCUGUCGUCUCUGCUGCGUCUGUACCUGGAUCACAACCGGCUCCGCUGGAUCCACCCCGGGGCCCUGCUCCUGACGCCCCGACUGCGCCUGCUCAAGCUGCAGGGCAACAGACUGCACCAGCUCCACCCCCACACCCUGUGCACGCUGUCGGUGCUCCACACCUACUGCUUCUCCACACUCAGACACUUGGACGUGUCCAACAACAGCCUGUCGUCUGUGAGCAGAGAUCUUCUGGACACAGCGCCUCUGCUGGAGACUCUGGUCCUGCACGCCAACCCCUGGACCUGCGACUGUCACAUGAACUGGCUCCUGGACUGGACCAUCUCCAACCCAGGUGUCAUGAAAUGCCCUGGAGGUCCUCAGUGCCCGGUCUGUGCCUCCCCCCCGUCCCUGCAGCACCAGGGUCUUCUGGACCAGCCCGUCCUGUCCUGCUCCGCUCCUCUCAUCUCCGCCCCGGGACGAGUUCCCCCUCUGGACCCGCCCGACCUCCCCGAAGUCCUCCCGCGCCAGUCCUUCCACGCUCCCCUCGGAUCGCUGUCCCUGUCUCUGUCCGACCAGCAGGGCUUCAACGUGGACGUCGCCUGUAACGUCUCGAGAACGUACACCUCCCCGGACAUUUCCUCGGCGCUCUCCUCGUUCCAGUCGUUCCCGCUUUCCGUCGCUUUAUCGCUGUCCUUGGAAUGCCGCGCCGAACGCCAGAGCUACGAGAAGCUGUGGCGGAUCAUGGCGUACUACAGCGAGUCUGCGGCGCGGCUCGAGAGGGGCCUGAUGCUCAGUAAAGCUCCGACGUUGGCGUACCGCUACAGGCAAGCCCCCGAGGCGGAGGGCGAGUACCACACGGGCGUCAAAGCUUCCAUCGCCGCCUCGCCGCACUGGCUCCUGCAACCCGCCGUGAGCAUCCAGCUGAACCGAGCCAAGUCCGACAGACACGCCGUCCACCUGGUGCUGUCCACGAGGGUGUCCGCGCAGUCCGACCUCGCCGCCGGUCGCCCGUGGGUGCUCAUUUCGACCAACGGGACGCUCAGAGGGGUGUCGGCGGUGGUGGGGACCGCGACUGAGCUGCCGUGUCCGAUUCGCAGCUCUGGCGGGCACAAAGUCGAGUGGAUUUUCCCAGAUGGUUCGAAAAUUACGCCAUCUUCUUCAAGUUCGGAAAGCAGAUGGAAAGUUUUGUCUUCGGGGUUGAUGUUAGAAAACCUGGAGCUUUCCGAUUCCGGUUUAUACUACUGCAAAGCUUCUAACGGGAAAGAUCUAGACAUUCUGCCGGUGCAAUUGGUCGUAGUCGAACUGCCGGCGUCUCCAAGAAGAGAACCAGUCGAGUUAAGCGCUUUAAUUGGAGAGCCCAUCACUAUUUCAUGCAACGCCUCAGGAUCGCCUCCGCCUUUCACCAGCUGGCUUCUACCAAACGGAAAUCUGCUCCGGCACAGCUCAGCGCUCUCGUUUGGCAUCGCCGUGGAAGCGAACGGCAGUCUCUCCCUCGCCAAGCCUUCCCUGAGGGACGCCGGUCAAUACAGGUGCGUCGCGGUAAACCAAUACAGCAGCGACUCUCUCUCGACGCGGCUCGAGCUAAAGCCGCUGCAGACCCCGCUCCUCAAGAAAGCGUUCCCCAGAAGGCCGCAGUUCGCCGCCGGGAGGUCGACGAAGAUAAGAGCGCCGCUGUUGAGGCCGGACGAGGGAUCGGGAAACGGGGAAGAGAAUGAGGAAGGAGAAGAAGAAGAAGUUAGAAACAGGAGACCAUUUUUAAACAAUCAGAGAAGACGAGGGAAUGGGAGGAGUCGGCCAGCGAACGAGAGGAGGAACCGGCUCUUGGGGAGGAACAGAGUAACGCCCAACAGACAAAGGAUCGAUCCGAAAAAGUGGGCGGACCUGUUGGCUAAGAUACGCGAGAAGGCGAUUACAGCGAGCGACAACCAGCCAGCUGCGCCAACGGAGAAGAGCGAAAGCAAAGUUCACGAGGAAACGGAAACCUCGUCCGGGGAUGACCGAAGGACGUUUGAGGAAGAGACCGUUUACUCUGUCAACGUGGACGAGGCCGAGUCGCAAACAAACGUGGAAACAGACGGGAGCUCAAGAAUCAACGAAGAUGCGACUGAGUUCGAUGAAACUACAAGCCAGAAAACAGAAAUUACUACGACUUCUACAUUCGCGACUUCAACUACAGCGACUACUGCUUCAACGACCGUUCGAAAUGUGAUAACGACAACCAGCGAAAUUGUUCCAAAAGUGCAAGAAAGACCGACAAACCUGCGUCCGUCUAGUCCUUGGAACGCCCGAAGGAACUUGGGUCGAAGACGGAUGUUUCACCGGACGCGAGGUCGACCCGUGACCCCAACGCGACCGAUCCCUGACACGCCGGAUCGCCUCAAAAUGCCGUCUACGUCCGAAACCAGCCAAAUAAGGUUCUCGAAGCGUCCAAGUUCAACGUUCAGUCCUCCAACUUCGACGUCCUCUUCGCGUUUCGGGACAACAACGACAACAACACCGGACUUCCUCGGAUCGCACGGCUCCCGGAGGACUUCGAGUAAAAGUAAAAACGCGGAAAAACCCGAAGGCGAACCCGACGCGGACACGGAAACGAACGUGUUUGGAUUCCCACCUCCUCCUCCUCGUCGUCGUCCUCUUCCUCCGCCAGACUCCGCCGGUUCCUCCGCCUCCUCUCCGAGCAGCGGAGACGCACUCCUCGCCGUCGGUUCAGUUACUCGAGCGACGACGACGACGACGAGUACUCCCAGACAGAGGCUCAUUCCUGGGACGCCGGGGCAGAGUGGACCCCCCACGGACCGGACCAGGCCCGGAUCCGCCAACGCCAUCCCGGACUCACAGAGCAGCCGGACACACGUGGCUCCUCCCCCCGCGAGGCUCCCGCUCUCCCCCCGGGUCCCCGUCCUUCGCUCCAGACCCAGGAUCUCAGACCCUCACGUCCGGACUGUGUCGUUUCCAGCAGACGGCGUCGCCUGGCUGCACUGUGAGGCCGAGGGCGAACCCAGGCCCUCCAUCACCUGGACCAAAGUCUCCACAGGGGCCGUGAUCUCCGUCAGCUCCAGAUCUCAGCGUCUCCAGGUUCUGUCCAACGGGACCUUGGUGAUCCAGAGUCUCCAGGUGCAGGACAGAGGAACGUACAUCUGCAGCGCCCACAGCUACAUGGGCCGCGACAGGUUGUUGACGACGCUGGACGUCUGGACCCGCCCCCCUCGCAUGCAGCUGCCCGCCUACAGAGAGCUGACCACCCACCAGGGCGGCGCUCUCAGCGUGGACUGUCGCGCCGAGGGAGUCCCCGCCCCCCUGCUGUCCUGGGUGCUCCCUGACCGCUCCGUCCCUCCUCCUCCUCCUCCUCCUCCUCUUCAUCCUCCCCGUCGCGUCUCCAUGGACGCCAACGGGACCCUGCACCUGUCGUCCGCGCUCCCCGGCGACAGGGGCAUGUACCGCUGCGUGGCGUCCAACUCGGCCGGAGCCGCCAGCGCGUCCGUCCGGGUGCACGUCUCGUCUUUACCCCCCGUCCUCCUGCAGCCCAGAGAGGAGGCGGUGUCGGUGCCGCCGGGCGCGCCGCUCUACGCCCACUGCUCGGCCCGGGGAGCGCCCAGCCCCGCCCUGCGCUGGAGAAUACCCUCCGGCGUCUUCGUGCGCCCGUCGCAGUAUCUCCACGGGAACCUGUUUGUGCUCCCCAACGGCACCCUGCACAUCGUGAGCGUCGGCGCCAAGGACGCGGGGAGCUACGAGUGCACGGCGAGCAACGCGGUGGGCGCCGACAAGAGGCUGCUGAGGCUGGAGCUCAGCGGGAACAAGGCCGGGAACCACAUCGUCACAGAACCGAAAACAGCAGCUUCUCCAGAUGGUUCUCCAGAUGGUUCUCCAGAUGGUUCUCCAGAUGGUUCUCCAGAUGGUUCUUCUAAGGUUCCCGUGGUCCCUCAGUUCACGAAGGCUCAGAUCGUGUCCACCUCGGCCUCCAUGAGCUCGGUCCAGGCCGGAGAGCAGAUGGAGCUUCACUGUCUCGUCGCAGGUCACCCGUCGCCCAGCGUCAUCUGGAGAACACCCAACAGGAAGCUGGUGGACCUGCACUUCAGUUUCGACGGGCGUCUGAAGGUGCACCCUAACGGCACCCUGUCGGUACGGGGCGUCACCGAGAAGGACGGGGGAGACUACCUGUGCAUCGCCCGCAACAAGGUGGGCGACGACUACCGGCUGGUGCGCGUGGCCGUGGUGUCCAAACCUGCCAACCGCCAACCGGAGCGUCCCGUGGAUCGGCUGGUGUCUCUGGGGAAGCCGCUCCAGGUGGACUGUGUGGCCUCGGGUCGACCUGAACCCGUCGUGACCUGGAGCCUCCCGGACGGGUCCACGGUGCGCGGCUCGUCUCCGGGGGCGGGCGAAGCGGCGCUCGGACGACGCCUGACGGUGUUCGCCAACGGGACCCUGCUGCUGUGGGCGGCGGGCAGGAGCGACGAGGGCGAGUUCACCUGCCGCGCCCACAACCGAGCCGGAACCGACACCAUGAAGGUGAACGUCAAAAUCCUGCCUUCUUCUUCUCCGCCGUCGUUCGACGACGGCGACUCUUUCCGCGUGGUCAAAGUCCAGCUGGGCACCACCGCCCGGCUGCCCUGCGCGCCCGCCGGAGACCCCGCCCCCUCCGUGACCUGGCUGUCCCCGCUGAGGCGCGUGAUCCCGUGGACGUCGCGCUCCGGGUUCUACACCGAGCGGGUGGUGGUGGUGCCCGGGGGGACGCUGGAGCUGCGCGUCGCCCAAAAGCAGGACGCCGGAAACUACACGUGCCGGGCGUCCAACGGCGGCGGGACGGCGAGCAGGACGGUGCGGCUGGAGGUGGAGGUGCCCGCGGCGAUUCGGAACUCAGUCCCCGGGAAUCACGUUCUGAACGGGCACGUGCGGGGGGGCGGCGCGCAGGCGGGGAGGAGCGUGGUGAGCGCAGGCGUGAGCGCGAGCGGAGCGAGUCACGUCGGGUUUAGGCCGGAGCAUUUUGCACUGAACAGGAAUAAUAUCGGAGCGAACGGCGCGAAUCCGCUCACGAACAGACAAAGUGUCGUUCUGAACUCGGAGACGAACAAUAACGAAGUGCUGAGCAGAUCUGGACCCGACGCCAACAGAAGAGACACGGACACGAGCGGCGGAGCGUCUCACUCCGGGCUCCGGCAGAGCGCGGCGGGAAACGCCAGCGCGACCUCGGGGCAGGUCCUCACCGUGAAGCAGCAGGUCACAAAGGGACAAAGUGUGUUCCUCCACUGUCCAGCAGGGGGCAGCUGGGCGCCGCGCCUCACCUGGCUCCUGCCCGGGAACACGGCCCUGGGCGCGCCUCACUACGGCGGCAGGAUCACCGUGCACCGGAACGGCACCCUGGAGGUGCGGGGGGUGGGCGGGGCCGACCGGGGCAGGUUUGUGUGUGUGGUGAGGGGGGACGGGGGGGAGACCAGGCUGCAGGUGGAGCUGGAGGUGAAGGACGAGUCUCAGUCGGGCUCCAGGACUUCGGACCAGCACAGAGUCCAGACGUCCCCCCGCCCCGGGCCCCGGGCCCCCACGGGCCUCUCCGGCCCUCGGCCCGUCGCCCCGGAGCCGGCGGUCAGCACUAAGACGGCCGCUCUGGUCAGUAUCAUAAACGGAGAGACUCUGCGUCUGCCGUGCUCGGCUCCUCACGCGCCCGCCCGCGCCCUCGCCCACGUGUCCUGGAGUUUACCCGGCGGGCAGAGGCUGGGCACCUCACAGCGACAGGGUCUGUACUCGGUGCAGAGCGACGGGACCCUCACGGUGCAGCAGGCGUCUGUGUUUGACAGAGGGACGUACACGUGCAGGUACAGUGCGCCCUCUGGUGCGGUGGAGGUGACGGUGCCCGUCAUCGUCAUAGCGUACCCCCCGAGGAUCACCUCCGGACCCGCCCCCGUCACCUACACCCGCCCCGGGGCGGCCGUGGAGCUGCCCUGCCUCACCAUCGCCACGCCCAGAGCCACCAUCACCUGGGAAAUGCCCGACAUGUCCAAACUGACCGCCAUGGCGCAGGCCCGGAUCUACGGCAACCGCUACCUGAGUCCCCAGGGGUCCCUGGUGAUCCAGAGCCCGAGCAGCAGAGACACGGGCUUUUACCGAUGUACGGCCAAGAACGUGAUCGGAGCAGACACCAAAACCACCUACCUGCACGUCAUCUGA